UGAAAAUAUCACUGUAUAGACACAUUACACAUACAUACACAUAUAUAUUCUUUAAAUAUUCAGUUCAAUCCGGAGAUCUCCCCACUUUACACUCAGCUCUAUCUCUCCGCGAUCAUGAAUCAUUUCUUCAAGGUAUCAUUGGGUCGGUUCGUUUACGGUCUGAAUCGAAUUCACCCGAACUGUACUCGCCAACUCUCUCAAUCUACUAGGAAUUUUGAACCGGGUUCAUGGGAAUCGACGGAGGGUCUGGUCCAAUGCUCGGCCAAUUACGUUCCUCUGUCCCCUAUAAGCUUCUUAGAGAGAGCCUCAAAAGUUUACAGGGACAGAACAUCAGUUGUGUAUGGUUCUGUCAAGUAUACAUGGAAUCAAACUCAUCAACGCUGUCUCAGACUCGCUUCUGCUCUCACCCACUUGGGAAUUUCACCAGGCGAUAUUGUUGCAACAUUGGCACCUAAUAUUCCAGCGGUGCAUGAGUUGCAUUUUGCUGUCCCGAUGGCUGGAGCAAUUCUUUGUACACUUAACACACGCCAUGAUUCAGCCAUGGUCUCAGUCCUACUGAGACAUUCAGAAGCCAAGGUCAUGUUCGUAGACUACCAGUUACUCGAAAUUGCUCAUGGAGCACUUGAUCUUCUUUCAAGUACAGAUACAAAACCACCAAUCCUAGUCUUAAUCCCUGAAUCCGACGGCUCAUCUCCCACCAACCUUGCUUCUAAUACCUAUGAGUAUGAGACUUUCCUGGAAACCGGACACAAUGAAUUUGAGAUAUUACGGCCGAAAAAUGAAUGGGACCCUAUCAGCGUAAAUUAUACUUCUGGCACAACAUCACGUCCCAAAGGUGUUGUUUAUAGUCACAGAGGAGCCUAUCUUAAUUCCAUUGCAACUUUUUUCCUUCAUGGGAUGGGUGCAAUGCCUGUUUACCUUUGGACAGUGCCCAUGUUUCACUGCAACGGGUGGUGCCUCAUUUGGGGGUUGGCAGCCCUGGGCGGCACGAACAUAUGCCUUAGACGCGUUUCUCCUAAAGGCAUAUUUGACUGUAUUGCUCUCCACAAGGUGACUCACAUGGGUGGGGCACCAACUGUCUUGAACAUGAUUGUGAAUUCACCAUCAAGUGAUCGCAAGCCACUUCCACACAGGGUUCAAGUAAUGACUGGUGGUGCACCACCACCUCCACAGAUCCUUUUCAAGAUGGAGGAGAUGGGGUUUGGAGUAUCUCACUUGUAUGGACUUACCGAAACUUUUGGUCCAGGGACAUAUUGCAUGUGGAAGCCAGAGUGGGAUUCCUUACCUCCGGAUGAACGAUCGAAGUUGCAAGCACGGCAAGGAGUGCACCAUCUUGGUUUGGAGGAAGUUGACAUAAAAGAUUAUGUCACCAUGAAGAGUGUACCACCUGACGGUAAAACAAUGGGUGAGAUUAUGUUUAGAGGAAAUACCGUAAUGAGUGGAUACCUCAAAGAUUUGAAAGCAACUGAAAAAGCUUUCAGUGGCGGAUGGUUUCGAAGUGGUGAUCUUGCUGUGAAACAUCCUGAUGGCUAUAUAGAAGUAAAAGACCGGUUGAAGGAUAUCAUAAUUUCCGGGGGUGAGAAUAUUAGCAGUGUAGAGGUAGAGACAGCGUUGUUUAGUCAUCCAGCAGUUCUGGAGGCUGCAGUAGUUGCACGACCAGAUGAUCACUGGGGGCAGACGCCUUGUGCAUUUGUGAAGUUAAAGGAGGGAUUUAAUGUCGAUGCUCAAGAAAUGAUAAAGUUCUGCCAGGAUCAUUUACCGCAUUAUAUGGCACCUAAGACUGUCAUUUUUGAAGAUAUACCAAAAACUUCAACUGGGAAGGUACAGAAGUUUAUUCUAAGGGAGAAAGCAAAGACCAUGGGAAGCCUUUCCUGAGUGGAAAGAGUUCAGCAAUUUUCCUUUAAAAGACCAUGUUUUGUACACCAGAAUAAUAUCAACUAUAAGUCUACAACUCUUACAGGAGUGCGGUGUUGCCCGAAUGGUUAAAGGCUCCCCAUCUUUGAAAGUCCGUGAUCAAACUUUAUACCCUCCCCCUCGCCCCUAAGCCCACACUAACCCCUAAAAAUAAAAGUCUAGAACACUUAUUAAUAAUUAUUUACUGUAAUAUGUUACUUAUUUAUUACACAUGAUACUCCGGUAUCAUAUUGGGGUCCUACUAAUAUUUGGACGAUUUAAAACUUGAAGUGUGUUUGGACCACUUUAUUGCAAUUUAAUAGCAAGACUGAACUAUCAAAAUUGAAAUUAAUUGAUUAAAAAUCUAAUGAAGUUGGACUGUACCGUAAUUUGUUAGUAUUCUUUCAAUCGGCACAAACUACAAAAUUUAUGAUAGUGACAAAAUGGCAUUCUCCCAGUCCACUUGUGUCACAAGAUAAGAAAAUAGAAGAAAUCAUACUUUAAUAUAAUAUUUUAAUUGAAUUAUUCGUUAUAUUCCAUAUUUAAUUGGUCACUGUACAAGUUUGACUUUUGAAUAUAAAUAUGCUCGUGAGCGGACAGGUCCUGAAAUCGUUUAAAAAUUGUACAAGUGUGCCUCUUUUUCUUUAUAUUACUCAUUUAUUUAUUUAGUAUUCUUUUAGGCUUUGUUUCCUGAGAGUAAAAUAAUAGAAAUGAUAACAUUAUUUUUCUUUAAUUAUUCAUUUAUUUAGUAUUUUUUGCCAUCCGGAGAAACGCCUUACACAAAUUCUUUUAGGCUUUGUUUUAUGAGAAUAAAAUAAGAGAAAUAAUAACAUUUAGUUAUAAAAGAAGAGAAGAGAGAAGAAAAAAAAUAUAUAUAUAAUAAUAAUUUAUAUUUAUUUUUGAAUUAAUUAUAAAAUAAAUAAAUAAAAUGAUAAUAUUUUUGUUUAAAAAAAUAAUGAGAAAAAAGUUAAAAAAAAAUAAUAAUAACAUUUAAACUACUAUCAUAAGAUAUGGUUUAAAUGUUAUAAAAUAGUAGUUUUAGAAUUAUAAAAAUAUUACUUAGUCCAUUAUUAUUUCCUCCAAAUUUUUUCAUUUCUUUUUUUUUUUUUUUUACUAAAAAUUAUCCAAACACAAUUU